ACCCCCUUUUGAAAACGGAAAACCUAAACAACCCCUCGCUCGGACUGUAGACAAACGAGAUCAAACACCGGGAGGAGAGGAGAGAAAGCAAACCCUAGGUUAGUGGAACGAAGGCUUUCUUGUGCUGAAUUCCGAUGAUGAGCGGAGGGGAAGAAUUAGGGUCAAUGACGCCAGUGAUGAUGACCGGAGCUGGUUGCGAGUUAUCAGAGUCGAAGAAGCCGGCGGCGGAACCCAAAUGGAAAGGUAAAAACCUUUACUUGACGUCUUUGAUUAAUACAUCGAUUUGGGGGAUUAAGGCUUUCGAGGAUAAUCCAGAUACUGGAAAGGUUAAUCAACUCGACGUUAUUUUGCCAACCAUUAUUUGUAAGCUGAAUCUGCACAAGGAUUGUGCUUUGCCUAUUGGAAUGGGCAUCGUCAAGUUCAAUAAGAAGGUUCAUAUGGUCGGCGGAGAAUUUACAGAUUUGAACCCUACCGAAGCAGGUAGCUCAUUUUUGGGCAGCAACCACUUUCAAUCAAGUGAAAAAGUGUAUGAAUUCGAUCCUACCGACAAAUGCUUCCGCGAGGUCCCUGAUUAUGCCUUGCCUCUCCCUAUGCCACAACCAAUCGUUGCAAAUAUCAUGGGAAAAGUAUAUGUGCUUCAUGGAGAUCAUUUCUGCAAUGAGCAUGGAUGGCCGGAGAAGCCCAGCUUAGCCUUCCAGGUUUUAGAAUUCAAUCAUCAUUCUGGAUCUUACUAUUGGGAGACACUUCCUCCUCCUGCCUUCUACACUGAAGGAUCCCCCGAAUAUUCCUGUUACUGCAAGGACAAGUUGGGUGUCAUCGGCCACAGGCUCUUUAUAUAUACGCAUUAUGGUACCCAUAUCUUUGAUGUUAAGAAACAACUCUGGGACUAUGGCAAAGGCGACCUCUGGCCCUUGAGGGGUCUUCCAACAGCCACAACCUUGUCAAGUAUGGUAACCAGCAGUGGCCCCUAUCUCAAAAAGACAAAAAUAGCCGACAUUGGCCAUGGCCAGGAUCGUUAUUUCAUCGUCGUUGGUUGCGAUUAUCUCCAUAACGAUGAUCGCGUGUUUGCCUCAGUGGUCAAUGAUGAGGGCGUUAUGUCCGAUAUACAAUGGCUACCUAAUCCAUUCCCAGAUGAAUAUUAUCCUUUUGAGGAGAUCAAAGUGAUUGAACUAUUGGAGGACGAUGAGCAGGAGGAUGGGCAUUUGAGCAACAUAUUUUGUGUUGUGUAUGUCUCGGCGGCCAAAGGUUUCCUAGGGUUGUCAGUUUUCAGAGUUUCUUUGUUAUCUCCAAUGGUGGUCGUGGAAUCAACAGACAGGAAGCCUUACCUGUGCCGUGAAGAUAAGAAGGAAGGAAAAGGCGAAGACGAAUUCUUGGAAGUUGAAAAUCUCGAAACGCGUUGCUAUUCAAUGGAGGGCGUUGUCAAUCCCUUCCUUAUUGAUGCCUUCUUCCUCUAGAUGUGGUGAUGGAAGCUUCGUUGGUGGUGGGCGCCAUGUUGCGGGUCAACUCUUGCUGCUUGUUUUCCCUCCUGGUGACUUUGGUUUCCUUGUCAUAUGUCUGACGUCCUGGACGGCUAAAUAUUGCUUCGCUUAUCCUACUUUCCGUGUCCCAUUUGCUAAAUAUUGUAGCGUCCAACUCUUGGACCAGGAAGAGAGCAUAGGUCUGUUGUUUCUGGUUCAUGUUAUCUAACCUGAUUAUUUUACUGAUAAAGGAGAAAACAGCAUCUCGGAUUUCAGCAAGUGUUUCAUGCUGCCUUGAAGCACCAGCUUUAACAACGGCAGCCAGAACCUGCAAAAAUUAGUAGAUAGCAUCAGUUAUGUCUUCAGGAAAAAGCAUGAUAAACCUGUUUCAUUUUCAUAUAUGUCCCAAGAAUAUGAAGGGAAAAUAUGUUGUACACUCCAUCAGCCAUUAGGGAAACAGGAAAUAGCAAUCACCUGCUGGAGAUGCACUUAAUGAGAUUUUAUCCGUUAAUCUAUCAAAUAGCUUCUCAUUCUCAAUAGGAGAGUGAGCAUUGAGAGUGUGAGAGCUUGUUCAUAGCUGUUCUCUUCUUAGUGAUAGUGAUUUGUGGUUGGAAGAGUCAGCACUUGAGAUCAGUUUCGUGUGUAUGUUUUGAUCUCCACUGUGAAAGGAGAUCACGUUACCUACAGCUCAAUAUAAAAUCUCAUCGAAGAUCUCAAGGGGAGGACACCCUUGAGCGGAGUGCCGGAUACAUAGGCCUAGCCCAACUUCGUUAAAAAACUACUACGUUCUUUAUGGUUUAUUCUUGCAGGUAUAGAGAAUCAGCAGAAAAAGAGAAUUCCGACUUUGGUUCAUUGAUGA